GAUCCCCAGCUCGGCUGGGUCAGCACAGUUUGGCUUGGACCCUGGACCGAUCGGGGAGGUGAGACCGGUCGGGCCAAGCCCUCCGCGCUGCCUCUCACGGGGGAGGGGUCUCUGCCCGUUCAGGUCACCCACUUCCUUCCUGUUCGGCUCAGCCGAGAGGUGCGACUGGGGAGUCCACAGCAGACCCCCCGCGCUGGGUGACCUGGGGCGAGUCCCUGACCCUCUCUGAGCCUAUUUGCAAAGCUCGGAACGAGGGAUUCCAGGAUCCGCACUCGCAGGGACUGGAGGGAUUGGUGGGAAUAAAGACUCGGUGAUCGCCAGUUCUGCUCCAGGAGCCUGAUCACCUCUUGCCGCCUCAGCGAGCAGCCUGUGCUUCCUCCAGGAUGGACGCACAGACGGUGCUGCUGGGCCUGCAGAUCAUGUCACUCCCGCUCCUGGCUCACUGUACAGCCCCUACUCCCACCCUGAGAUUUGUGGCUGUGGGUGACUGGGGCGGGGUCCCCAAUGCCCCAUUCCACACAGCGCGGGAGAUGGCCAACGCUAAAGAAAUCGCCAGAACCGUGAAGAUUAUGGGUGCGGACUUCAUCAUGUCCCUGGGGGACAACUUCUACUUCACUGGAGUGCACGAUGCCAAUGACAAGAGGUUCCAGGAAACCUUUGAGGAUGUGUUCUCCGACCCUGCCCUGCGCAAUGUCCCCUGGUACGUGCUGGCUGGAAACCAUGACCACCUUGGCAAUGUCUCAGCACAAAUUGCCUACUCCAAGGUCUCCAAGCGCUGGAACUUCCCAAGCCCUUACUACCGUUUACACUUCAAAAUUCCACGGACAAACGUCACUGUGGUCAUCUUCAUGCUGGACACAGUGAUGCUGUGUGGCAACUCUGAUGACUUCAGCAACCAGCAGCCCAAAAUGCCCCGAGACCUGGGGGUGGCCCGCAGCCAGAUGUCCUGGCUCAAAAAGCAGUUGGCAGCAGCCAGGGAGGACUAUGUUUUGGUGGCUGGCCACUACCCCAUCUGGUCCAUUGCUGAACACGGACCCACCCGCUGCCUGGUCAAGCACUUGCGGCCACUGUUGGCCACGUACGGGGUCACGGCCUACCUGUGUGGACAUGACCACAACUUGCAGUAUCUGCAGGAUGAGAACGGAGUGGGCUAUGUGCUGAGCGGGGCCGGCAACUUUAUGGACCCCUCUGUGCGACACCAACGCAAGGUCCCCAACGGUUACCUGCGCUUUCACUACGGGUCCGAGGACUCCCUGGGUGGCUUCACGUAUGUGGAGAUAAGCUCCAAAGAAAUGAGCAUCACCUAUGUGGAAGCUUCUGGAAAGUCACUCUUCAAGACCAGCCUCCCCAGGCGACCCAGACUCUGAACACCUAGGAUUCUGCUUGGCCCCUAGUGGCUCCGAGGCAGGAAGCCUCUGCACGAGUGGUGGGUAGGUGCUGUGAGGACCUCGCCCACAGGCAGCUUUCCUCUGUCCUCGGUGCUCUGGAAGAGU